CUCCGGCUCAGCAGAGGCAACAUUGCAACCAGACAUCUCAGCAUUCUGCAUACCAGCUAGCAUCUUGACGUACUUUAACACAGAUCUUUGGUUGGUGGAAACUGGGAAUCAGGCAGCGGGAGGAAGUAGAGCCCGGACCACAGAUGACGGCAUCAGCGGCCGACAUGCAGGCUUUGUACAAGCAGCAGGGCUACCUGACAGCGGUGCCAAUGCUGAGUGACAGGGAGCUACAGGCAGCCAGGGCGGCCUUCGCUGAGCUCGAGAGGGAGUUCGGUCAGGAAUAUACCCAGUACAGCUUACACAAUGUCCACCAGCAAUACGACUGGGUGAUGGCACUGGUCAAGCACCCCAGAGUCCUGGAGGUCGUGAAAACCAUCUUGGGGCCGGACAUCUUGCUUCUUGAUUCCCGUUUCAUAUGUAAAUACCCCACUGGGCGCAACAGCACCUCCAGUGGACAGGGAGCGAAUGACACCACAAGUGAUAUCAAUGGUGGCAGCAUCAGUAAAGAUAUGCCUGGCUUGCCCUAUGUAGCCUGGCAUCAGGAUAUGAGGUACUGGGGUUUGGAUGGAGGCCCAGUUCUGUCUGUGUGGCUGGCACUUGACAAUUCCCUUGAAAACAAUGGAGCCCUGCAGGUCAUCCCAGGCAGCCACUACUCCGGCCUCCUCCCACACCGAACAUCAGCUCACCCUGGAAACAUGCUCAGUGUCAACCAAGAGAUUCCAGAGGAGCUGGUAGAAACUGACAAGGCCAUUAUUUGCCCCCUGCAGGCUGGGCAGAUGUCUUUGCAUGACGGAUUGCUGGUUCAUGGAAGUGACCCCAACACUUCGGCAUGCAGGCGCUGCGGUUUCGUGAUCCGUUACGUGCCAACAUGUGCAUAUCCCGUCCAGGACCCGGAUCGCCCCAGGCAUUUCAACGCAACAGUCUUGGUGAGCGGAGAAGACAAGUUCAAGCAUUUUUCCAACACUGUGGCACCUUCUGUUUGACAGCAUUAGGCAGCUGUUGGAAAGGUUCCUUUCUUUUGGCUGUGAUAUCACAGUCGUAGAUAGCGAUAGAUUUUUAACACUAUUUCAAUGUGACCAUACUGUCGCACAGCAAGAAGAGGUACUCCUGCAAAAUUGUUGGCACUUUUUUAGCAGUACUCUGCCAGCCUAUAUUUCUGUUAGUACCUCAUAAUUUAUAAUCGCACCAAAUUACUUGCAUGUUUCUUAACUGCUGUGAUAGUUAUAAUUAGAAGAUGAUCAGUUGAGCAUUAUAUUUUUAUAAUCGCAUCCAUUCUGUGACCUGUGCCCAUCCCAGAGUUAGUCUUCUAGUUUUGACUCCUUGUGGUUCUGC